AUGGCCCGGUCCAGGAACGAAAGCAGCCACGCGCAGCAAGAUACUGCCAAUGGCUCUGAUACAGCCCUCCCGUCUGAAAUCACUCUCCUGACACUCAACUGCUGGGGUCUCCUCCAUAUAUCAGCUCUUCGCACGCCUCGCCUCGCGGAAAUAGGCAGACAAAUUGCUGCUCUCGAACCAACUCCUCACAUAGUAUGUCUGCAAGAAUGCUGGGUCCAGGACGAUUACCGUGCCAUCCGUGAUGCCACCCGAGGCAUUCUGCCCCAUGGAAAAUUCUAUCAUAGCGGCGCGUUUGGCGGUGGAUUGGCCAUUUUAAGUCGGUGGCCAAUUGAGGAGAGUUCCAUGCAUCCGUACACCCUGAAUGGACGGCCCACUGCUUUCUGGAGAGGCGAUUGGUAUGUUGGAAAGGGAGUUGCAACUGCCAAGGUGAGAUAUGGCCCAGGUAGGAGGGACGUUGUUGAAGUGUUUAACACCCACACUCAUGCUCCCUAUGAAAGCGGUCCCAAUGAUUCCUAUCUCUGCCAUCGGACCGCUCAAGCAUGGGAAAUUGCCAAACUCGUCCGCGGUGCCACUGAUCGCGGACACUUGGUCGUCGCUCUAGGAGACUUCAACAUGAUUCCCCUCUCCCUCGCCUACCGCAUAAUCACCUCCGGCGCUCCAAUUCGUGAUACAUGGCGUGUCCUCCACCCAGAUAGCUCCAUCGGGGCAUCGGACCAGGCCGAAGAGAAAGCCCGUGGUUUACCUGUCCCAACAGCAGAGUACAACAAAACCAUCAAUGGGGCUGCCAGUGACACAGUUUAUAAUACGUGGCGUUGGACCAAAGAAGAGCAAAAGAAGCUCAAACACAACCCUUGCCCCGUGGAUCCGAAUACAAAAGAUCCCAAGGGCAAACGAAUAGACUACGUCUUCGCAUCAACUGGCGACGUUUCGGAUGGAGUAGGUUGGGUCGUGAAAUCCGCCGCUGUAGAACUCGCUGGUCGUCAUCCGGAGCUGAAUUGCUCUCUUUCCGAUCACUUUGGUGUUCGAGCUACUUUGCAGCGCCACACGCUUUCCGCCUCUGCUGCCAACAAGCCCACUGAGCAGGACUUGCAGCUUCGCUAUAAUGCAGAACACGCCAGCGCGCUCACGCUCUCCGACUAUGAUGAAAUACUGGCCAUGACGCACAAGUAUACUAUGAGGGAGAGGAAGCAGCGGUACUGGCGUGGUAUUCACUUCUACGCUGCACUGCUUAUCUGGGCUGGCUGCCUGGUAGCUGUUUGGUUCAGUCCUCGGAACUUCGUUUCAUUUCUCCUCAUGCUGCUGGCAAGUCUUGGCCUGACUGUCGGUGUCAUUGAUGGGCUUCUUUCACUGCUCUUCUUCUCUAGGGAGAUCCGAGGUCUCAAGGAAUUUGAGUGGGAGGUUCAAAAUGCAAGGGAAGCCGCCGUGCGCGAGGGCUCAACUUAG